UUCUUGUGUUCUCAACCAACACAAAUCAGUUGCAUCUCCUCAAAUAUCAGAACUUACAUAUUUCUCUCAUACAAAUCCAUCAGGAACAAUGGCUUUCCGCAUUCCAGGUAUUAGAAAGGCAUCACUUUCUGCAUCAAAAGGGACUAAUGUUCCAAAAGGCUAUCUUGCAGUCUACGUGGGAGAUAAGAUGAGGCGGUUUGUGAUUCCUGUAUGUUACUUGAACCAAUCUUCAUUUCAAGAAUUACUAAACCAAGCAGAAGAAGAAUUUGGAUACGAACAUCCAACUGGUGGUCUCAAAAUUCCAUGCAAUUCAUUCAUUUCUUACAUACAUACAGAAAAAAUGGGUUUCCGUUUACCUGUUAUUCGAAGGGCAUCAUCAUUCUCAGCUAGCCAAGCAACUUCAAAAUCUGUGGAACUCCCAAAAGGGUAUCUUGCAGUGUAUGUUGGAGAGAAUCAAAAGCGUUUUGUGAUCCCUGUAUCAUACUUGAACCAACCUUCAUUCCAAGACUUGUUGAGUCAAGCUGAAGAAGAAUUUGGAUAUGAUCAUCCCAUGGGAGGUCUCACUAUUCCUUGUAAUGAACAUGUCUUCCAACGAAUCACUUCUCGCUUGAAUGGGAUAUAAAUCUCAGACUGUAGAAGAUUGACAUAGAUUAGCAUAUCCAUGUUGUAUAGAAUAGAUUAGUAUAGAGAAUCAGAUGACAAACUCAGAGUAUGUCUACUUUUGUUGAAUAGUGACAAAUUGACAAUGAAUUCAGUUACUCAAUGUUGUGUUUAUCAUAUAGCAUUGUUCACUUGUUCCUGCAAUUAGGAGCUUACAUAAGCAAAGUUACUCACUGAAACUUGAUUAUUUGCCUGUUUGAAUAAAUUUCAAAGUAGGAGCUGAACA